CUCUUGGGGUCACAAUGGGCAGAGCUGGACCACACUUGCAUGCAGCCUUGCAAGUGUCUGUCCUCUGCAAGGCCAGGGCCAGAUGGGGUCCGAGAGUCCAGCCUGCCGCCAAGUGCGUUUCCUCAGAUUCACCAGACCGAGGCCAUCCCUUGAGGUGGUGCCCCGUCCCAGGAUGGCCGCGGGCGCCCUCCUGCCGUGCCCCAUGUCCCGGCUGGACUUCCUCAAGGCCUCGCACUUCCAGCUGGGGCCGGACCCGCGGCUGCGGCGGGGCGUCAUGCAUUCCACGUCGCACCGAGACUUCCCCGCAUACCCGGUGGCCCCCCGCGCGCAGCCAACCCUGGUGCUGCCGGACAAGCGGCUCUUGCAAGCGGACGAGCGCUGUGGGCACUCGGAGUUCUUGUCGGAGGCGCGCCGCGCGUUCUCGCCGCCGUGCGCGCCGCCGCCGGAGCACCAAAGGGCGCGCAAGCUCGCCAUGCUGGCCAGCAACCUGCGCGUGCACGAGGACGCGCGCACCAGCUCCAGGUUCUCCAACGCGCGCGCCGCCUACGGCUGGCCGGAGCUGCCCGCGCGCGCCCUAGAGAAGAUCCGAGGCGCGCGCCUCAUCUUCGACCGUGACUCGGUGCCUCCAGGAGACCCGGACAAGCUGCGCAUCCCGGCCACCACGCACCAGGAGCUCUUUCCGCCCCACGACGCGUGCCCGCUGCCCCGCGCGCCCUGCAGCCACCUGGGGGGCCCCAACAUCCUCACCUGGGACUACAUGAGACAGGAGGGGACUUCCUACCAGAAACAGUUCCAGGCCCUGCCGGGCCCACCUGCCUCGAUGUGUAAGAGGGCCGCCUCCACGGUGGAAUUUGGAGACUGUAAGACUGGUUAUGGCCUCCUGUGUUCGGAGCAGAAACAGGCGUACAGGCCCCAGGGCCUGCCCCCAGACAGGUAUGACAAGGCGCAGGCCGCGGCCCACAUCCACUAUGUCAACAUCCGUCCCGGAGACGGCCUCUUCCACGACAGGACCACCGCAGCGGAGCACUUCUAUCCCCGGGAGCCAGGGCCUUUUGUUUUGCACCACAGUCAGACUCCAGAGUCGCACAUCCUGAAAGGAAAUUGGUGCCCCGGCCCUGGCUCUCUGGCCACCCUCAUGAAGUUCUUCUACGGCCAGCCGCCGCCCCCGACCCUGCCACCCUACCGCCACGAGCACCAACAGAACUUUGAAAGUCACAUGACCCUAGGAGAGUCCAAGCUGCUUGGACACUACUUCCACACCACUAUGGGCUCGGACUACUACCCCUUUGAGACAGAUCCGGCAUGGGCGCAGAAAGCGCCCAUCCUCCACCUGCAGCCGAGCAACCUGCCCCAGGGCACCAGAGUGCAAAUACAGCCACAUGGAGCCCCCGCUGGGCAGACUGCGCUUCCUCUCAACCCAGCACAGGGACGAGUUUCCCGUCAAGUAUCAGGGCCCAGCAGUGCUGAGAAUGGGCAUACCGCCGGAGGAGAGUCACGUGCCACUGGGCAUGCCUCUCCAGAAGGGCUGCAGGGAGAAGAUAGACCCUCAGGCCCCCCAAUCCCCUACGUACCCCUGCCCCAGCCAGCAAUAAACAUCAUCCUGGCAACAUCCCACCCCUCCCCAUCAGUCGGCCACAAGAGAGGAUGCUUGGAUGGGUGGGGACCGGAGCAAGGAGUAACUCUCUCAUUAGAAAUGAGAAGUAGACGCACUUGUCUGGGGUCAUGGAGGGGGCUUCCCUUCUGAAGAUGAAGAUGAGGAGAGGGGAGGAAGGCCAGGGUGCAGGGAGAAGCUUUCAGUGGUGGAGAGGCUGUUCAAGGGCAUGGACGGACACAGGUGACAGUGGCCCAGCAGUGUCCUCCGUGGUGGGCAGACUGGACAGUGCAUGGUGGUGCACUGGCUGGCGGCGUCCAGGGGCAAAUGGACAAAAGCCAUCAGGACAUGGUGAUGUCCAAAGGAGUAAGUGUCCAGCGAGGGACAAAAUGAAAAAGGUCGGGCCGGGCGCGGUGGCUCAUGCCUGUAAUCCUAGCACUCUGGGAGG